AUGAAAUCUUCCACCACCACGGGUUUUGCGUCCGCGGUCCUCCUAGUGCUUUUGUGCGGCUCGACGGUCGCAUUCAGCUUGAACGGCAACUACAAGGCGAUCAUCGACACGCUUGCGUGGACCAGCGAUCUGUCCGAGAUCUAUAGUAUAAUCGAGAGAAAUCAAAUUGCCAACACGACGAUACAUCUAAGAAGUGUUACAGUGUUUGCUCCGCACAACGAAGCGUUUUUGAAGAUAACUAAACAAGAGAGCGACGAUGAAUAUUUACCGUGCUACCAUAUUACAAAUGUACCAAUGAAAUUGGAACAAUUGGGAAAGUCGGUAUUUUCUGAACUAGAUGGUAAUCCGCCCAUCUGGAUUACAAAGAAAAGUCCAGAAGAGAUUUACGUUAACCAGGCUAAAGUCGUCUAUAAUUUGGCUAAUUAUGAACACAAUAAUACAUUUGGAAAACCUCAAGUAUUGCACGUCAUUGACCAAGUUCUCCAACCUCUGCGAAUGAAGAAAAAUAGCCCUCAAAAUGUCUACAACCCUAAUGCAUGGGAAUUCAUGGAAAAUGCUGAAUUCCUGGAUUUAGAUAGUUACCACACUAAUACUUUUUUGCAACGGGUACAAAAUCUGGAUAAGAAGAGCGUGUUCUCCAAUCAAGGUGGACAUACAUUUUUCAUACCCGUGGACGAAGUGGCUAAUUAUCCAAAAGUAAAACCUGAAAAAAUCGACGUGAAAGUGAUUGACGCCCACAUUGUUCCGGAUAAUGUAUUGUUUUUGGGACCAACCAACGAAGAAGAACAAUUUAAAACUUUAGCAUUCACUGACAUGAUUAAAGUAUUUGCGUCUUUAUCUAAAGCUGCAGAAGGAGAUAAAACUAAAUAUUACGUAAGCAGUGAUACUGUUGUCGGUGAUGAUGUCCACCCGACUGGAGCUGUAGUAGCAGAAAUUGUUAAAGCCAAUAUACCUGUCAGAAAUGGUGUGGUCCAUUUGAUUAGUAGACCAUUGAUGAUCGUGGAUAACAAUGUAAAACAAUUCAUUGAGCAGUCGUAUAAGGACAGAGAAGACAGUGUCUUACACCGAUUCUACGAGGAGAUUAUGAAUUCCGGUGGCGAUUUUUUGGAAAAACUCACCGCCAUGCCAAAUGUUACACUUUUCGCACCUUCCAAUGCAGCUUUCAACGACCAAUCCAUCCAGUCGUAUUUGCUAAAUCGCACAUACAUCAGGUCUUUACUUGAUUUGCAUAUCGUCAACAGACGUCUCUCCAUCGAUGAUAUUGUUGCUGAAUCCAUCGAUAAGCGCUUUCAGGUCCAAACCGAAGUGCCCCGCAAGGAUCUGUUCUUCAACGUGGUCACCAGCGGUAAGAACCGCACGUUGACCCUGGAGGGUGGCGGCGUGAACGCUACCGUGGUCCAGGCUAACUUAGCAGCUACAAACGGAAUCAUACACAUCAUUGACCACGUACUGGGCAUUCCAUCAUCGACAGUCGACCGCAAACUGGCCACUGACCCCACGCUCAAUGAAACCAACUAUCUCGGCCAAGUGUCCUCACUUAACGAUCAACUAGGCGACGUCCAAAAGAGAUUCACUUAUUUUGUGCCCAGAGACUUUGCUUGGAAGAGGUUGGCAAUCGAUAACCCAUCAGCAUACAAAAAAUUGUUCAUGCCCGAAUACUCGAACAUCGCUCGUCAGAUUUUGGAACGCCAUUUGAUCAUUGCGGAUAAAGUAUUUACAAUGGACGAUUUGAGGAAAGAAGCCAAUAAUAAUUACAAUUUGUCAGUCCAUCUUCCUACUGUACGCGACGUUUCCAUGUAUAUCAAAAUCAAAGACUCUGUUGAAGGUUACUCGAUUGAAUGGCGUAAUGAAUGGAUACAUGUCCACCGUUCCGAUGUCCGUUGCACCAAUGGUAUCAUACAUGUAAUCGAUAAAGUUUUGAUUGAUGAAAGCGACGUUGAAGUGAAUGGUGCUAUUGCUACCAAGUCAAUAACUGCAUUAGUGUUGGUCUUGGCCCAAUGCCUCGUGUUCUAUUAUUUCAACUAG